GUUUAAACCAUAUAAUUGAUUAUUUAGUGUAUAAAUGUAUAUUGGACGAUGUAUCAAAACUUGUAUUUGCCAUGGCAACGCUCUGCGUCCUUCACAAACGAAGGCAACUUGUUGCAGUCGACAAAGCCCAGCUUGUGUGCAGAGAGAGUAUGGCUCCCUGAAAGAAUUGUUGGUUUUCGGACCUUUUCUUAAGUAGGAAGAUUCCCGGGACAGCUUUUGCGGCAUUUUAUUAAAUUUCAUUGCUUAGGGCAUCAGGUCUGCUGAGUCAGUGAGUGCAGUGCCAUGUGUGGAGAGGAGCUGUAACUGAGAUCGCGGUUUUCAGCUCACUUUUCAGAAAAAGGAGCUGAGCCCAGGGGACACGAUGAGGCCCCUGAAUGACCUCUCUCUGCCCCUCAUGGAGAACUUCUCUGCUAAGGGAAGGAGAAAUCAAAGGAAAAAGGAGUACAGUGCUUUUCUGAAAGGGCAAAGCACUAAAGGGAAAAGGCAGAAGAGCAUGACAGAUGUAUCACAGGCCAAAGUCAUUACUGAUGGCUCUUAUGUCUGGCUGAAGCCAAGUAAGCAACCACUAUCAGGGACAGAUGCCACCGCUCUGAUAGAGGUUGGGUUGGAGUCUCCAUCCCACCAGGGCUGCGGGCCAAGGAAGCAAAGUGAGCAAAGGUCUCGCUCAUUCCAGGAGCAGCACAACUUGGAGCCAGGCUCCUCUGUGGAAGAGCUGCACCUCUUGGCCAAGAGGCAUGCAAGCCAAGACUACAGGUUGCAGGAACCAAGGCUGGCAAUAUCCAGCCAGAAAUCUAGAUCCACAGCCAGCAAGGAUGAUCCCCCAGUUGCCACAGGAUUAAUGAUUGGAACUGCUGAGGAUGACCUGGUCAGGCAGCAGAAAAAAGAUCAAUACAGACAGGAGCUGCUGGAUCAAAUAGCUGAGCAACAGAGGAACAAGAAGAGGGAGAAAGAGCUUAGGCUCAUGGUUGCUAUGACAGGACCCACUGAUCCAUGCAUGCUGCCAAACCACUUCAGCCAGUUUAGCACUGUCUGCCAAGAACACAAUGGCAGCAGAAGACAAGUUCCUAACAGGCUGGGCCUCGACACACAACACAGUGCCAAGAAGCCUUUGCCUGUUAUGGAGGAGAGUUCUCCCCAAGAGAGCCACUCUGUAACCUUUCCAUCUCCAGUGCUGAAAUAUAGCACUACUCUACCACCAUUAGCAGGAAGCAAGGUUGCAGGCUUGGUAGGGGAUGGUCACAGUAGUCAUAAUGAAGACAUCCAUAAAAGCCUUUCCAGCACUUUGGUUGCACCCCCAAGAGUGCUGGCUGCCCCCCCUCCAAUACCGUUCACGUUUGUUGACUCCUAUGGAGCUCCUUUCAGCAAUGCCUACUACUACUAUGGACCCAGGAACCCCAUGGCCCCCAGCUGGAAUGCGAGACUGGCACCCACUCUGGCCCAUGGUGAGCCAGCAGAAGGGGCAGUGUAUCCCGUGACACACCUCGACCAUAUGCCCAGACCAGCGCAGCCUACCCUGUUAGGUCACACACAACCCCCAGCACAAGCAAUUGAUCAGACUGGUCCUGCACCAAGUGGAAUGGGAAUUGGGGCCAUUCCAGGAGGGACACCCAAUAAAUCAAACUACCAGGAAGUCCUGAAACAACAGAUCCGAGAGCGGGAGGAGCUCCGUAAGCAUGAGGAGGUAGAGAGACAGCGCCACGAGGCCAAGCUAGCCAGAGAGAUGGAGGUCUACAAUCCGUGGGGCAGAGGAGGCGGUGGCGCGCCUCUGAGAGACAGCCAGGGCAACCUCGUUGCUGAUCUGAAGCAGAUGCACAAGUUCAACAAGGAGGUAUGUCUGAACCCCAGUUCUCAGGAUAAGCAAGCGGCACUUCUCAUUGCUGGAGCCACUCCAACUCCCAACAUGAAGGACCGGCCCCCCUCAUCCCACAGGAACUCAGUUGUCUCUUCCACUCAAACAUCAUCCUUGGCUCCGGGCAAUGUUUUCACAGAGCCCAGUGUGCGUCAGCAGCUUCAUGACCGGGAAAGGUACAAAGAUGACCUCCUAAAGCAGAUCGAGGAGAAACGGCGCAAGGAGGCCGAAGAGCGUGAGCGAAUCCGGCUGCAGGAGGAGGAAGAUGAGAAGCGGGUGGCCAAGGAGCAGGCCAAGAUCAGGAAGGAGUAUGAGGAGGAGCAGGAGAAGAGGAGGCGCAAGGAGAUGGAGAUGAUGCAGCAGGCUGAAGCGUGGCGCAAGCAGCGUGAGGAGAAGCGUGAGGAGAAGAAGUGCGAGGAGAGGGAGCAUGAGGAGGAGAAUGAGGAGGAGAAUAAAGAAGAAGAUGAGAAAAAGCACCAGGAGGCAGAAAAGACAAAGAUGGAAGAGGAGGAUAAGCAUCAGGGAGAAGCGUCAACGUUGCAGACUGAGCGCGAGAGGCCUGCUCACGUGGAGAAGCAGAAGCAUAGAGAGUCACCUCCUCUUGAUGCCAAAGGAAGGAAGGAACUAGCCACUGAGCGUCCACCUAGAAAACCUUCUGCAGACAGCCAGCGCACUCCAUCUGCUGUGUCUGUGAGCUCCCAGUGCAUGUCUGGGGAAAAUGCUAAAAAUGGACAGAAGAAGAAGAAGCGUGAAGAGGAGUGGCGGCAACAGGAGAGGGACAAGGAGGAGAAGCGUCAGAGAGAGGUGCUGAAACUGCAGUGUGAGAUGGAGAGACCGGCCCAGGUGCAGGAGGAGCAGCACAGAGAGCACUCUCCUCCUGUCCCUGCACUGAUCAAGAAACUGGCCCUUGGGCUCACCUCCACAUCACCAUCUGUGGACAGCUACCGCCCCCCGUCUGCUGUGUUUGAAAAUACCAAAAAUGGGCAGAAGAAGAAGAAGAAGAAGCAUGAGGAAGACUGGUGCCAACAGGAGAGGCACAAGAGGGAGAAGCGUAACAGAGAGGUGCUAAAACUGCAGUGUGAGAUGGAAAGACCGGCCCGGGUGGAGGAGGAGCAACGUAGAGAGCUGUCUCCCCUUGUCCCAGCACCGAAGAAGAAACUGGGCCCUGAGCUCACAUCCAGACCGCUUUUCACAGAAAGCCACCAGAGACCAUCUGCUGUUUCUAAAGGCUCAUUAUGUCCACCACAAUCCCCGGAGGACCCUUCUAAUAGGAAUCCAGUCAGAGCCACAAGGUUACAGCAGACCAGAGACAACACUGGAAUUGCUGGGUUAGGAGGGGUACACCCUGGACGGGAUGCUGGUCCAUCGCAGGAGGAGUACAGAGCCAUGACCAGCCAUCUCUCGGUCCUGCGCCGGCUGCUGCGCAACCAACAGAGACUCUUGGAGGAGGAGCUGCUGCAAACAGAAGAGGAGGAAGGUGAUGUGUCUCAUCCCAUCAGAUGCAGGAAAUGCUUCCAUAUGGACAUGUUUCACAUGGGUCGUCCCGUUGCUGUCAGAAAAACCCCCCGCAAAGCUCCAGAGACGACUAACCUGCAGAAUGUCCUUGAUUUUAACAAGCUCAAGGACAAAGACAGUGAAUCGCGGGAGGAAGUACACUGUCUGGACCCGGUCUCCUCCACCAAUGACCAGAACCCCGAUAUCCAGCAAAAGGCCCUGAUCCGCAAGGAGAACCGCAGGGUCGACAGGCUGAGGAAAAUGCUCUCUGCUGAUGAGUUCCUGUACGACGAUGGGAAGAUGAAGACUUCCACUAGGGAUUUAGUGAAAGACCCCCUGCUGACAUCAGCGAGUGCUUUCUUUGACUCUAACAUGGAUGUGACCUUAGACCCAUCUGACCCUGAAGAAGGCACAUCCAAACCCUUGGCCAGGCAGCAGCAAAAGUUGGGAUACUGGGAGCCAGCAGGGCAGUCAGACUUUGACUCGCUGCACUGUCAGGCCAGUCUUCACAAGGAGCACAAGAAGCAACGGAUGAGGAGGCUGCAGGAGCUGAGAGACCAUGGCUGGCUAGAUGAAUUGGAUAUGUCUACUGAAAAUCGUGAUGGACCGAACACAGACAUGCGUACAUACUUGGACCGAGUUGCCAGGAAUCCAUGCCUAAGACCAGGAUCUUCAGACCACCUAAGACAAAUCACAACAUGUCACACGGACAGGCAACCCAGCAGAAACUGGAAACCUGACUGGUAAGGCCUGUCCUCUUACCACAGCUGAACUUCUCAUCCUAAUAGCAGAGAUGGGGUGUUUCGGGGAGCCCCACAUCAUUUUCAGUGGAUCGUCAGUCUCCAGUGGUGGUGUGAAGAUUUUUUUUGUGUCCUCCAAGCAAUUUGAUUAAAAAAAAAAAACAUACCUCUUGCUUUGUUUGAAAACAUUUUUUUCAAGAUUCAUUUAAUUUCAACAAAUAAGCAUAUGAAAUUUUAACUGGAUUGGUGCUAUGAGGUAGCCUACACUUUUCAGCAAUGAGAAUGAGCCAGUCCAAACAUAGAUGGCAGACUGUACAGUAUGUAUGUAAUACUACACCCUAGGACCACACACACAAGAGACUGAUCCCCCGUUGUUGUCCUACUGCUGAACUCAAACUAGGAUUACAC